CCCUUUUCCCCUGAACUUCUCUGAUUUGCUUCAGCUGGACUCUUAAUCCUCUCCUGGGGGCGGGACUAGCCACUCAGCAGCAUAAAGCCCUCAGCAGAUGGGUGUGGUGUGGGCACAACCUGGGCAUGGCCCUCUGGCUCCUUGCCCUCUAACCACCCCCAUGGCCAGCCCCGUGGAGGCAUCUGCAGCAGCCCCCACAGACCAUGCCAGUGAGUUGGGUCCACACCGGAGAAAAAGGAUCACCUUCAGUGUUGGGCAGCUGCUGGAGUUGGAGCGGGUGUUUGCAGCAUGGCCCUAUCCUGACAUCGGCACUCGAGAGCACCUGGCCCGAGUCACCUGCCUGCCCGAGGCCAAGAUACAGGUGUGGUUCCAGAACCGCAGAGCCAAGAGAAUCAAGCACAGGAAACCAGGAGGACUUCAUUCCAGGCCUGAGUGUCCCCAGAACUGCUGUUUUCUUCCAGAUGCCCCCCAGCAGCCUGGUGCGCCCCAAAUGGUGGGCCAGCCUCUACCUGUCACUGGCACAGUUCACUGUGCCUCGCAGUGUCUGCAGGCUUCCUGUAAAGCUCCCAUCUGGGGUCUAGGGCAGGGCUGGCCAGGGGCUAAAGUUGCAGCCCAACGGGGACCAGCUGGGGUUCAAGGAGUCCACCCUUCCUUGGAGCGAGCCAUUCCUCAGACCUCCCUGGGCAGCCUGUCUGACCUUCUUUAUACCUCAGCCAUUGUCACCAAUAUGGAUCACUCUUAACCCCGAGGCAGAAUUUGUAAGAUUCCCUCCUCCUGUAACUCACCCCACCCCGUUUAUGCGAAGUUCUCCUAAUGCGCAUUUAGCCCACUUCCACUGGCCUCCAGGCCAGCCCAAAUGCAGGUCACCUGUGGUGACUGGGGCCUCUGCAGCUGCCCCGCACCCUGAUCUUCCCUGGGGGUAGGUGCCCACCAUCUUGGUAGGUUAUGUUACCCCCUCAACUGCUACAUCUGAUUCCCAAUUCUCAUCCCAAGGGAACUUCCUAUUCAAAAAGUUUGAUGAGGGCCAUUUAGGUGGGCCAGUUUGAUGAGGGCCAUUUAGGCAGGCAGUUUGAUGAGAGCCAUUUAGGCCAUUACCUAACUAGCUGCUGAGUGAGUGGCCGAAGGGAGUGCUGCUCCAAAUCUGAAUUGCUGGGGAUCUGUUUUACAGUUUGGGGCCCUUUCCUGACCUGCCACCUGGACAAAUUAAUCAGUACAGAUCUGAAAGACAGUGAUACGAAAGCAAUAAAGUAGAAACAGGAGCUGGGGCUUAGGGUGAUUUAAUUUUCACAAAGAUCGCAUUGGCUGUUCUCUGAUGUAGGCCUGCGGGGACCUGGCAGAUUUGGGGUGGAGGGGGUAGAGUAACAAUGGAUUUUGGUAUCCUCAUCUGUAAUACCAACUAAUCUCUAAAUAAAAUCCAACUCUGUACCUUAA